AUCGCGACCAACAGGCAAUAGAACGUCCGUCAUUCGCGCGCUUGUGUAUUGUUUUUCCCUUUAUUCUUCGCGUGCUGUGAUCUGUGAUGGACCUCAAAAAAUGGCCCAAAGUUCUUCGAUACCCUGAUCGUCAAAAAUGGCUACGCUAGGCCUAUCCAAAGUGUUCAUUUUAGACAAGUACUUCACCGAGCUGCAAAAGUUUUGGGAGACCGAGAAGAAGUUGCAAGAUGCUUCAUCUUCCAAUGAAGCUGUCCAUUUGCAGCAGCGUUUGCGCAGCCUCAGCACCGAGCUGGUAACGUUAAGGAACCGUCUGCAUGUGCAAGGCUCGACGCCGAACCCGAUCAAAGGCAAUACGGCGCCGGCACCGAACGCCAACCACAAUGCAAACGCGCCCUUACCACCAGCGACGACGGCAGCAGCGCAACCCAUCAUACCGCCAAGGGUGGGACACAACGUCACACAAACACUGGUUACCGUUCCUCAGCAAUACCAACCCCAACAACAGCGCAUCAAAGACGCUGUUAACAACGAAACGAACUUGAGGAAAACAGUUGCAAACAGUGGAGGAGCCGAUAUCGACGACUUGAUCCAUCUUCAUGGGCCUUUGACCGAAGACGCUGUCACUAAAUGCCUUCAAGCCAGAUUUGCUGCGUCAAAUUUUUACACAAACGUGGGUCCAAUUCUAUUGUGCGUGAAUCCGUACCGAGACGUGGGAAAUCCUUUGACCCUGAGCAGCACCAGAGGCUUAAUUUUGAGUCCCCAAUUAAACAAAGUCGUCCAGGAAGCUGUUAGACAACAGUCCGAAACUGGAUACCCCCAAGCUAUUAUUCUAUCAGGUACCAGCGGCUCUGGAAAGAGUCAUGCUUCCAUGUUGUUACUUCGACAGCUUUUCGCUGUCGCCGGAGGUGGCCCUGAGACUGACGCUUUUAAACAUUUGGCCGCUGCAUUUACAGUAUUACGUUCCUUAGGCUCUGCCAAAACAAUUACUAAUUCUGAAUCAAGUAGAAUUGGACAAUUUAUAGAAGUCCAAGUGACUGACGGUGCUUUGUACAGAACCAAAAUCCAUUGUUACUUUCUAGACCAAACCAGAGUUAUAAGACCGCUUAUCGGUGAAAAAAAUUACCAUAUAUUUUACCAAAUGUUGGCAGGCUUAUCGGCUGAAGAGAGAACAAAACUGAACUUGGACGGUCACAAACCAUCCACCCUUAGAUAUCUGCAAAAUGGAGAUACUAGACAAAACCUCACUGAAGAUGCAUCAAGGUUUCAAGCAUGGAAAACGUGUCUCGGAAUCCUCGGCAUACCCUUUUUGGACGUAGUGAGGGUACUUGCGGCAGUCCUUCUCUUAGGCAACGUCCAAUUUACCGACGGCAAGGGCCUAGAGGUGGACGUUAAAGGCGAGACCGAGCUAAACGCCGUCGCUGCACUUUUAGGCGUUUCGGGAGCGUCUCUUUUUAGAGGCCUAACAUCCCGCACCCAUAAUGCCAGAGGUCAACUUGUUAAAUCAGUAUGCGAUGCAAACAUGUCCAACAUGACUAGAGAUUGUCUCGCUAAGGCUUUAUAUUGCAGAACUGUGGCCACUAUUGUACGCAGGGCGAAUAGCUUGAAGCGAUUGGGAUCUACUUUGGGGACUCUAAGUUCGGAUUCCAAUGAAUCUGUGCACAAUCAGGCUGAGGUUACGAGUCAGCAUGCGUCUACUGUAGGAGGAAGUACUAAUGCCGGUAGCAAGUCGAUGGCUGCUUUAAAUAAUGCUGUAAGGCACGCGACCGAUGGAUUUAUUGGUAUUCUGGAUAUGUUUGGUUUUGAGGAUCCCAAGCCCAGCCAGCUCGAACACCUAUGCAUCAAUUUAUGCGCUGAAACAAUGCAGCAUUUCUAUAAUACUCACAUUUUUAAAUCAAGCAUUGAAUCGUGCAGAGAUGAGGGCAUUAACUGCGAAGUAGAGGUGGAUUAUGUCGACAACGUCCCAUGCAUAGACUUGGUAUCUUCUUUACGUACCGGUUUAUUGAGUAUGCUGGACGUUGAAUGCUCCAUUCGAGGCACUGCUGAAUCAUACGUUACAAAAAUCAAAGUGCAGCACAAAAACAACACAAGACUUUUCGACCCUAAACCUUUAGAUCCGAGACUCUUUGGAAUUCAGCAUUUCGCUGGAAAGGUUAUCUAUAAUGCCACCGAUUUCCUUGACACCAACAAAGACGUUGUUCCCGAUGAUUUAGUAGCUGUUUUCUACAAACACACAUGCAAUUUUGGGUUUGCUACCCAUUUGUUCGGUAGCGAAUUGAAAGCUCUUUACUCGGUGGAAAACGUUCCUAGAGGCGUGAGUUUCAGAAUAUCUCCAACAUCUCAUACUGAUCUUUUGAAUGGCGACGAACCAGUUUCUACAUUGACUCAAGAUUUUCACACCAGAUUGGACAAUUUAUUGAGGACUUUGGUCCACGCUAGACCGCACUUUGUAAGAUGCAUAUGCAGCAAUCUCAACGAAACUCAAAAUAGAUUUGAUCGCGGUAUUGUAGUGAAACAAAUAAGAUCUCUACAGGUUCUUGAAACUGUAAAUCUUAUGGCUGGUGGUUAUCCGCAUAGAAUGAGAUUCAAGGCUUUUAAUUCUAGAUACAGAUUGCUAGCCCCUUUUGCUAGACUACAUAGAACUGACGAAAAGGUGAACGAUGAUUGCAACCUUAUUCUACAACACGUGGUUGAUUCCAUUAUGAAACAGUUCAGUUUGGUUUCGAACAGUUGGGCUUUGGGCAAACGGCAUAUUUUCUUAAGCGAAGGGAUUAGACAACACCUGGAGAGAUUAAGAGGAGAAAGAAGGCAAAAGGCAGCCACGUUAAUACAAGCAACUUGGAGAGGAUGGCAUUGCCGUUACAGAUGGUCCACCAUUCGCAGAGAGAAAGAAAUUAAACAGGCCUCAAAUCCCACUCCGACCGCAAGGAGCGUACUAUGUGGUGCCAGACCAAGACCACAACCAAUUGCAGGCACACCACCUCCAGAUCCGAAUGAAAAAUGCGAUGCCAAAAUCAUCCAGCAAACCUGCAAUUUGUUUGGGUUGGACUUGGAAAGACCGCCCCCCGUACCACCCAGUAGAUCUUACACAGUCGCCGGAAAUACAAAGCUGGGUUACCCACAAACAAGGGUUAUGAAAAUGUCUUACCCAGAAGACAGUGUCGGAGAUGGACCGGUCCUCUCCAAAGGCGAAAGCGUACUGGUUGUUGGGGCUUCCCAUAGAAGGGGUCAUCUAGUGGUCGAACACAAGCACUGCACCUUACAUGUGCCCUUCCAAUUCUUAGAGCUAAAACAGAGUGUAAAUAUUUAAGCUUGCCAUUUUUAUUUAGAUAGCGAUUUAAGCAUUAUUUUGUAUGUAUAUUUUAUUUUAGUAACUUAUUUUAUUAUAUUGAGU